AUGUCGUGACGACGACGACAAAAGAUCACUUUUCUGCACGCUGCACUGGAGCAAUGCUGCAGUGAGUGCAGCGUGUUGUAGGAGUUUGUCGUGAGAGGAAGAGAUGCAGUCACCUGGUGGUGUAGCGGUGAGGGACAUGGACUGGGAGACGUCCACUAGCAGCACGGGUGGAGACGGCGGGAGCAGCGUGUGCAGCGGCUCUGCGUGCACCACAACCUCCACGUCUUCCACCGAAUCCUCCAGCGUUGCGUUCAAAGCCACUCAGAUGUGGCAGGAGCUGGUUGUAGGUUUCAGAGACGGCAUGCCCAGACAGCGGAGGAGGGUAAAGAUGAAACUCUACGACGAGUGUUUCACGGGCAGCGAGGCAGUGCAGUGGCUCCAUGAGCACCUGCAGGCCUCGGGCAACUUCGGAACAGUCUCAAGGCAGCAAGCAGUGAAGCUGCUACAAAAGUUCCAGCAAACCAACGUCAUUAAGGAGGUGCGAGGGAAAUACCACCAGUUCUCGGAGGACAGCAGUCGACGCUACAGCUUUGUCACCGAGCCGGGCCCCUUUAACUUUGUCGAGGAGCCGUCCACCGUGGGAUCUCCUCUGGGAACGAGAGAGAGGAGUAGUUCUUGCUCCGCCGUGGUGAGGGGGGAGUGCACUAGAGAGAGUCGGAGGGGCGCAAUACGAGGAUCGACGUUCUUUGGAAACGCUCACGCCCUGAGCAAAGUUGAGGAAGAGGAGGAAGAUGGAGCGGGAGGGAAAGGGAAGAGAAAAAAGGCGCGAUUGACUCUUGUUGACACCAACAGCGGAGCUGGGAAGCCCUCGCCCUCGCAAGUGGCCGAAAUUUGGAAGGAGCUCACACUAACCAGAUUACUCAAACUCAUAGAGAUGCCAACGCUGGACUCUGUCCUGUCCCACGACGCAGUGGACGGUAAGAACAUAGUUCAGAAUGCCGUCCUGGGUCUGGUACCCAGGCCCCUGAGGUCGGGAACGGGACACGGACGCUCUCACCCUAGCCGGCCCCGUGCUCAGGAAGCAGUGGAGGACUUUCCAGGCUGGGUCAUCACCAUGCUCAACUGCCUCUCCAAAUGGCCAGAAGGGUGUCCAACAGAUGUGGUGACAGGACAGCCCAGUACGUUUGGACUGGAGAGUGAGGUUCUGCAGUCCCUGGCACAGUAUCUGUGUGCCCUCCCUGAGCCACUCAUCAGUACCAACCUCUAUAGUCUCCACAUGGCUGUCAACAGUCUAGUUGAGGAGGGAAAGCCCGGUGCCAGAGAUGCCCUCCAGCUCUGCACCCUCCUCCUUCCCCAGACCAACAGAGCCCGUAUCCACCGAGUCCUGCGAGCCAUACACAAGGCCUCCACCAACCCUCUUCUCCACCUCUCACCCACCCAGUCAAACCACCACGUGAUGAUCGACACACUGGCGGUGAUGGUACUGCGUCCCCAGUCCAGUCUCGAGGUAUCGGAACAGGACACUGCAGACGCACGGAACCUGGUCGCCUUCAUGAGCCAACACUACAACCACAUCUUCAAGGUUCCAGAUGAACUGAAGCAAGAGGCAGACAAGAGGAUCAGAGCACUCACCAAUGGAGUGGAGACAACGAGUGGACUGAAUGAGACCAAGUCGUUCUGCCAGAGAGUGAGUCAGAAGGAAUACGAUGCCCAAAUGAGGACAACCUCACAGCAGUCCAUCUCCUGCCUCCUGGACCAGAUCACCGCCGAUGAAAACAUGACCGACAGAGAGAAGAAACAGAAACUAAAACUGUUCCAACAGCAGUAUCCAGACAUCUACACCAAGAAGUUUGGACAGAGCACCGUCACCACUAGUACCAGCAACAGCAGCCCCAUCACCGCCUCCUCCUCCUCCCCACGAAUGUCCUUCACGAGAUCCUGGCAGUUCCACUCACUCCGCAGACGCAGCAAACCAACACUAAGAUAGCCGGCCAAAAUUUAUCAACAACCACUUUCCAAUUUGCUCUUCGCACAGGUAGUGCAAAAGUGGCAAGAGCAUAGCGACCCCAAAACAUUCUUCACUUCAACCAACAAGUCACACAUUCUACAGCUAAAGAGUUGUUUUUUUUACAAAAAAUUGUAGCAUCUGGCAACUCUGUAUCGUGCCGUGUGUGUGUGUGCUCUAUAGUGUCCAGGAAAAUUUUCUGUUGUGUUCAAAAAUUGUGACAAAAAAACGAAAAAAAAAUCAUUGAACAAGGUGGAAUUAGAGUACACUUGUCAAUGAUACAGGAGUCCAAGUGAUGAUCUGGUGCUAAUACAAUAGGAAACGGCUAUCUUUGAGAGGGCGUGACCAGUUUUAGAGGUCUGAUUCCCGAAGGCAUGUAUUUGCUGGCGUAAGGGGAGUAGGGUGCUCCAACCACUAAUAUAUGAUUGCCUUUCAUCCAAAAUCUCCACAAACCCUGAGCCAGGAGAGAGAGGGAGAGGCAGAGUGGGUGGUGUUCAACUCAGCACGGAUAUUCACGCAACCA